CACCGGGGGGUGAAAGCAUUUGUUUUGAUUGUAUGAUGUGGGGAUAAGGCGCUUUUGAGACCUCAAGAAUAUUUUAGUUGCAUGUAUUAAGUACAGGGAGUGUCCUCAUUUAUUAGAGAUAGUGAUUUUACAUUCUCAAGAGCAUCAUCAUGCAGGGUUUACUGGGUGUACUCGUAGUCCUGGCUGGCCUGAUCGAUGUUGAAGCCAUCAUGUUCCAAUUGCAUCCCAAUAAUCACAAGUGUCUUGUAGAAAAAGUACAUGCGAAGACCUUGGUAACCGGAGAGUAUGAAGUUACAGAGUUCCCUGGUCAAAUUGUUGAUUUUCAGGUGGUAGAUCAGAAUGGCCAUGUGCUGGCGAACCGGGCAGAUGCCAAGGGCCACGGCAAGUUUGCCUUCACCACUGACAAGGACGUCACAUAUCAGCUGUGUUUUGCAUCAAGAGUCCAGCAGGGCCAGUCUGCCAUGGUCCAUGAUGUCACACUGGUCACCAAACAUGGAGUGGAGGCCAAGAGCUAUGAGGGGCUGGCUGACGCUGCCAAGCUGAAACCGCUGGAGAUGCAGCUGAAGAAGCUGGAGGACCUCUCAGAGGCCAUCGUCCAGAACUUCGCCUACAUGCGCGAGCGGGAGGAACAGAUGCGGGACACUAACGAGUCGACCAGCUCGCGAGUGCUCUACUUCAGCGUUUUCGGCAUGUGCUGCCUGCUCGGCCUGGCCACCUGGCAGGUGCUCUAUUUGAGGCGCUACUUCAAGGCGAAGAAGCUCAUUGAGUAGUCUGUGGUGCUAACUAAGCGCCGAGGGAUACAUCUGGUGGCGGGCGGUCACACCACGAGUGCCGAGAUCGGCCGCCAGAGCGACGCGCAGUGAUCAAAUGUUGCGGCGGCAUCGAAUUAGUCGCGUCGGGGAGGGAGCGAAGGGGGACCCUGGAUGCACAUUGGUUACGUGGUGUUGCGCGUGAAUGCGUGACGUCAUGGUGUGAGUGACGUCAUUAUUCCUCGGCCCGUCCGUGCGUCAGGAGCGGAAUGUGCUGCCUGUUUGCGUGCGGAUCCAGUACUUCGCACUUUCUCAAGGCGGUUCGAAUGUGAGUUAUAUCCCCGAGCAAUUGCCGCUGAUCUUCUGAUUCCGGGAGUGGACGGUCGCGAGUGCUGUUUUUGUCCUUAGGACGGAGUGAGUGUCGACAGACAGUUCGCGAAUGUUCUGGAACCAUGCGUGUGACGCGAUCGUGGAAAAGCCGAAAUUGGCCCGCUUCGGAGUUACUGAUUAGUUUGGUGUUCGUAGAGGGUGCAUUAUUGGUGGGCGGGCAAGCUUGAGUGCGACGUACUUUCGGGAAAAUACACUUCGUCUUAAGUUAUCA